GAACUACUUCAAAUGGAAAAUAGUCUUGUGCAUUUUACAUCUAUAUUAACCCUCUACUGCAUACGAAGCCAAAUAUGGCUUUUCACUUUUACUCCUUCUUCUCUCUAAAAACAAAUCUUUAUACAACACAAUUCUCUUCUAUGCAUUUCUGAGAACACAUAGCGUAACGGAUACAAUUAUUGGCACCCCCUUAUAUUGAACCAGCUAUUGGCACCCGUUCAUUCAUUAACGAUUUUUUAUAAAAAUUAUCAUCCUAGCAAGCCAACGUAUUUUUUUUCGUAGACUGAAAAUUAUUUCCCACAAUUGUGCGUUUUUGUUUUAACGAAUUAACUCUUCAUUCAGUGUGUGUCAGUGAAGUUGUGAAAACGUGUUAAAAAAAGUAAAAUUAUUGCAAAAUUUUGUGUGUUCCUGUUAAGACAAACAAUUUGGUAAGACUUAUUUAUCUAUUAAUAUAUGUCUAUUUUAUUUUAAAGUAGGGUUUUUUCAUAUCAGAACUAAAUAAAUUUUACAUUUUUAAUCACUCUUUGUAUAAAUUAUUGCUAAAUUUAUAAUAAAAAAGGUGCCAAUAGUUGGUUCCAAAUAAGUUGGGGGUCCAAUUAUCAGCACCCGGGUGCCAAUAAUUGGUUCUAUGGAACUACAACUAUUGGCACUGUCAAUAAAUAUACUUUUAAGACUGCCAAUAACUAUAUCAUACAAACGUUACUUUUUAAGGUUUGAAAAAUGCCAAGAACAAAUAAAAAUUACAAGGAAAAGGAUGUUCAAGCUGCUCUAUUGGCCAUAAAAAAUGGACAAAUGACUAAAAAAGCAGCUUCCAAGAACUACAAGAUACCACGAUCUACUCUACAAUUCCGAUUGAGUUCAAAAUUUAUAAAAACGCGUCCUGGGCCCGCAACGGUCUUAACUGACGAAGAAGAAGCGACUAUUGUUGAAUGGCUUAAAGUUUCACAAGAGAAAGGGUUCCCAAAAAGAAAAGAAGAUGUUAUUUAUGCUGUCCGAGAAUUUUUAAGGCAAAGUAAUAGAGAGCAUCCGUUUGGUAGUGAGGCAAUACCAGGAAAAGGAUGGUUUAGAUCCUUUUUGAAGCGUUAUACCACUUUGACUUUCAGAGCAGUUGAUCCAGUUUCGUCAGCAAGCGCAAAUGUGGCGGUAACAGAUAUUUUUGGCUGGUUUGACUCCAUACAGGACUAUUUGAUCAAAAACCACUUUUUCUCAAUCCUUGAAGAUCCUAGCCGAGUAUUUAAUGGGGACGAAACAAAUUUUUUACUGUGUCCUAAAUCUAAAUCCGUUCUAGCUGCAAAAGGAUCAAGAAACAUUUAUGAAGUUGAUAGAGGCCAAGCCAAAUUGAAUUUAACUGUAAUGUUUUCAUUCAACGCAAUGGGAUCAAUGUGCCCUCCAAUGAUCAUAUAUCCUUAUAAGAGAUUAAAGGACGAUAUACGCAAAACCAUUCCUGAUACCUGGGGCUGCGGAAUAAGUGAAAAUGGCUGGAUGACAAAACAAACAUUCUACGAAUAUAUUUCAAAGGUGUUUUACCCCUUUUUGACUCAAGAAAAAAUAAAACUACCAACAAUACUCUUUGUUGAUGGACAUAGCACACAUCUUACACUAUAAGUAAGCCAGCUAUGUGUCAAACUUGGCAUUAUCCUGAUAGCUCUUUAUCCCAACUCUACACGCAUUUUGCAACCUGCAGAUGUUGCAGCUUUCAAACCCCUGAAAAACGCCUGGAACAAUGGAGUAGCAGAUUGGAGGCGGAAGAAUCCCGCAGAAAAUCUCACGAAGGAGAAGUUUGCUCCUCUUUUAAAAGAAGUUGUUGA